UCAAAGGGCCUACCCUUCGCCAUUUUAAAAUCUACAUCAGUAUACUCGCUUUCUAUUCUUUGCCUCUCCUUUCAUACAAGGCCAAGCAUUUUUACUCGUAGGCUAUUCAUUGCGCCUCACAGAAUAAAAGCUCCGGGCUUUAAUGGUUUCGAUCAAGUUAUUUGCAGCUGCUUUCAUUCUAUCGCAAAGAACAAUUCAAAUAAGAGCUUCGUUUUAAUCAAUUCCCAGUUUUCCGUUUUCCCUGCUUUCGCGCUUUGAUGGUUGAAAAUCCUUUCUGGGUCAGUGUUAGUGUUUCCUCUGCAUUUCUUUACCAUUGACAUGAAAUCCGGAGUUAAUGCUCUAAUCAAACUCCGCUCUGUUCUUUUCCCAGUUUCGUCGCACUUGUUCUCUUUGCCCAAAUACCCAGUUCAGAGAACUUAUGCAAUUCCCACGUUCACCACCUGUUCGACAUAUUGUGUAACUGAGGAAGAGAGCCCAAGGGAAGAAGAUGGGAAUCAACCGAGUGACUCUACAGAGAUUCUUAAGAGAUGGGGUUGCAAUGAUAAUGAUUUGUCGAUGAUAUUCAUGCGCAGACCUUCUUUGCGGAAUGCUGAUUUGAACAGUCUUCAAUUUAAGCUCAAGAUUCUCAGUGGGUUGGGAAUCUCUGCUCCUGACCUUGUGAAGAUCAUCAACUGUCGUCCUAGAUUCCUCAGUUGUCGGAUAAACCGUUGUCUUGAUGAGCGGCUUCAGUUUUUUAUGACGAUUUUUGGGUCCAAGGAAGUUCUUGUGAAAGCCCUUGUUAGGAAUCCUUCUCUAUUCACUUAUGACUUCCACAAGACAAUCAAGCCCGCCAUUGCUUUGUAUGAAGAAAUGGGUUUGAGCAGAGAGGAUUUGAUCACAAUGCUUCUCUCGCGUCCAACAAUGAUAGCAAGAACUUCUUUUGGUGAUGAAAAGAUGGAAUAUAUACGCAAAACCAAGCUUUCCAAGGAUUCAAAGAUGUACAAGUACGUUGUUACUCUCAUUGGUAUAUCCAGGUCUGAAACAAUUGGUCGAAAACUAGCAAAUUUUGAGAAAUUUGGGUUCUCAGAAGAUGAGGUUUUUGGUCUUUUUGGACGUUCUCCAUUUGUGCUUACACUUUCUGUGGAUAAAGUUCAGAGGAAUAUGACUUUCAUUAUUGGAACAAUGAAGCUUCCUGCUAAAGUGGUACUUGAACAUCCAUUUUUGCUGUACACUAAUUUGGAGGCUGGGCUUAGACCCAGAAUACUUCUUGCAGCAAAGUUGCAGGAAAUGGGUCUUGACUUGCAGAUUAAAGGACCCGAAUUGCUGAAGGCUUUGAGGAUGAAGGAGAAGAGGUUUUUGGAAGCGUUUAUUACUUGUCAUCCAAAGGAAAUUGCUGAUGAAUUGAUGGCGUGUUACAUGAAUGCAAAGAGGGUAAAACGAUUGGCAAUAGAAUCAAAGAAGAACAGCCGUGAUGGGUUUCCUUUUUGAUUAUCUUUUUGUUGGCUUAUUAACCGGGAAAACAUCUUUGUCUCAAUCUUUCAUUUCAUUUUCUUAAUACAUUUUCCAGAUUCGCCUGAAUAAUCAGGUUUGGCCCUUGUUGUAUCCAUUUGUAAUGAGUGGUUUAAAAUGGUUAUUUAUGGUCACAAAGGGUAGUAACAACGCAGACUAAAAGGUCAAUCAUACAGACUUCUUGUGCUCUUGAGAUUAUCGUGACUCUGUAAUAUUCAUUAAUUUGAAGUAUAAACUUUGGUAAUUUCUAAAUCACAAUCCUCUUA